ACUGCCAAAACAAGGCUUACGCAUAAGUCAAAAAUCUUACUGGAGACUUUUUAUAUUAUAAUUUUUCGCGUGCGCUUCGUGUAAGUUGUUAGUAGCAUGUCAAUAUGGCAGCUAUGUACGCCUAGCCGCCCAGGCUCUGUGGUAGCGGCCCCCUUAAUACACUUCUGUCAUGGCGUCCUCCUAACUCGUGUCGUUCUUCCUUUCAUCGGUUACCGACUAACAUAGGUAACAUGGUGUCAGUUGUGAACAUCUAUAUCCAAAGUCUUUUUAACCAUGUUUUAGUCUAAUCGACAUAUCUUUUCCUCUCUCGCGGUCGCGAUUCGGGUCAAUCACGUCGUGUACGUGUCAUCAUGUGUGGCCUAAAGGUCCUCGUGUAGUCGUGUUCAGUCAUAGAAUGUAAGUCUAUUAAAUCCAUUUUAAACGUUUUAUCCUUUGAUUUUAUAAUCCGCACUGUCUGAUUCCUACGAAGCAAAUUUCUGUCCUAUGAUUCUGUACCGGCAUCCUUUAUCAUAUAUCCUAGUCAUCAGUCCUUUGUCCUUAACCUAACUCCUAACCAAAUAUCCAGAUUCCAACCAUCUUCAAAAUGGAUUUACGUCGUCUCGUUUUCGUUCGUCUUAUUUCAUCGCUUGUAACGUGACACACAAGCCAAAUUUGGUGUUUCAAGUUAAUCGUCAACCUCAAAUGUAUCGUCAAGUGUCUCGAUUUAUCGACUCCAGUUCUGCGUCUCUUCUAUCACCGUCAUGAAGGCAAGUUAAUCUACUCGUCAAACCAUGUCAAUCCGUCUUGUCCGUCCAGUCAAAGUCACAGUCUAGUAUCAGUCUGCUAGUCUCCGUCAUGUCACUGCGUCCAAUCUAAGUCUGUCGAGUCCAAGUCCGUCACGUCAAGUCUAUGGCAUAGUCCAAGUCCGUCACGUCAAGUCUAUGGUCUAGUCCAGGUCCGUCACGUCAAACAAGCCUGGUUCGUCUACGUCAAACCAUUUCGUCUCAUCCAUGUCUGUUUUCGUCUACUUCUGGUCAUUGAUGUCUUUUCGUCAAUUGCGUCUGUCUGCAUCUUCAGAUACAACCAAGUUCGUCUCAUCCAUGUCUGUUUUUGUCUACUUCUGGUCAUUGAUGCCCUUCGUCAAUUGCGCCCGUCUGCAUCUUCAGAUACAUCCAAAAGGUAGUCAAAUUACGUCUAGCAAAUCCCUUAAAUUUUCAACGUCUUUGUUCAGUCCACCUUUAUAACUGGACAUUAAAGUGUUCUUUACCUUUCCGAAAGCAUCAACGUCAAAAUGUCUAACGAAGAUCAUGCUUCUCAUUCGUCUUCUAGUUACACGCAACGUAACAGUUCUAAAUCCAACUUAGAACUAACUUCUUGUUCACCAAUGAUCCUUAAAGGUGACCUAUCUGCUCAAUGGAAAGUUUGGAAGUCAGAGUUCAAAAUCUUCCUUUUAGCAGCUGAUCUCGAUCAAGCUGAAGAUGCACGUAAAAAUGCUCUCCUAAUAAAGUCUAUGGGCAAACAAGCUUUUGACCGUUUCAAGUCUUUUGAUGUAGAUGUGGAAAAGAUUAAACAUGACCAACUCGUCACUAAGUUCAAAUCUCACUAUUCACCUAAAGUUAAUGUGACGGUUGAAAGGCUAACAUUAUUCAACCGAAAACAAAAACACGGUGAAACGCUUGAAGAUUUCUUGACCUCUCUCAAGAAUCUUAGCAUAAAUUGUCAAUUUAAAGACCUUAAAGAUUCCAUCACUAAGGAUCUUUUCAUCGGUAAUCUAAAUGCAGAAAACCAACAUAUUAAAGAAGAAUUGAUCAAGUCGGAUGAAACAUCGCUGGACAAAAUCUUCAGUCUGGCACAAAAACUCCAGUUAGCAAAAGACAGGUCUGAAAUGCUGAGUAGAGAAGUUAAUGCAUUAAGCCACACAAACUACCCUAACAAACCAACAACGUAUCACGAUCAUGGAAGACCAAACCAUCACCGUCAUAGAUCAUCAUCAUCAUCAUCUCGAGGGUAUUCACGUCACCGAUCAACAUCCCGUCACAGAUCAACAUCACGCAACCGCUCAACGUCUUCACAUCGCAGAUCAUCAUCUCGCCAAAGAUCAUCAUCCCGUCAAAGAUCGUUCCGCAGCUCACCGACUUCUAGCAGACAUUCAAGAUCACCACACCGAACACGCUACCAUGGAAACACAAGAUACCGUAGUCCUGAUCCUCGUCGUCCGACAAAGACCAUAACCGUGUGCGAAAACUUUGGAAAUCAAUUCCAUCGUUUUAAGUGUCCUGCAAAAGAUGUGCGAUGUCAUAAUUGUGAUUUAGUCGGCCAUUUUUCACGUUUGUGUAAAUCAAAAUCUAUCAAAAAUGUCCAAAUAAAUAGUGAUUGUGAUGAAAGUGAUAAUGAUCUAUUUAUCGGCAUGGUUAAUAAACCAAAAGCUCGUUACAAUAAAUGGUUCACAAAUAUCUAUGUUAAUGGCAUCCCUGUGAAAGCUCGAAUCGACACAGGAGCAGAAACAAAUUUAAUCUCUUACCAUAAUAUUUGUAAAUUAAAUUUAAAUUCUAACGACAUACAACCAACCAAAGAUCACCUAAACACCUUAACUAAGGAGAAGUUAGAGGUUAUGGGUGAGUCUAUUUUACACUUUAAUUUUAAGAAAAAAUGUUUUAAAUCCAAAUUUCAUGUUCCUGACAGUGAUUGGUACGAGUACAUAACAUCGUGUACCAAAAUGGCGUAA